AUGAAGGCUGUCACCAUAUCGCCCAAGUUGCUUCCGGCUGCUGCAUGCGUCGCUGUGCUCCAGACCAUGUUAAUGGAGGCCGGCUUCGAGUUCCGCAAUGUGAUUCCUACGUGGAGUGAAGUCCGCGCGGUGUCCGAGGUGUCUGAGAAUCUGAUCCGCCGAGGUGUUGAAGUAGUUCAACUCAGACUCGCAGUUGAGAGUCUUGAGUGGAACAAGCUGAUGGAUGGCGUAGGGUUUCACAUCCGACAGCCGCUGGAGCCUCUCCCAGCUGUGCAACUAUCCGAGCGAAGUACAAGUCCCCCGACAGAUGCCGAUGGAGACGUCCUAAUGACGGACGACGCCGUGGAACUGCUUGGCGAAGAAUUGUUGCUCCGCUUGAGGAUCAGACGGACCAGAAGAAGAAGUCCUACUUCAAGCGCGUCUGGACAACCGGCGCCCAAGCGUGCGGCCUUAGGAUCUGAGCGAUCUCCGCCCAGUUCCCUGAUGCCUCCGACAUCGUCGUCCCAGAGUCUGGUGCCCCAACCAUCGGUACCCCAGAACGUCGUGCCUUGGACUCAGAGCCUAGUCCCUAGAGCUCCAAGGCUUGAGCUGAUGGCUAGUGUGGACUCAGUUCCUAGUCUGGUGGGACCAAGUGGUGCUUCUGACGAGCCGAUGAACGCGGCCGCUGAAGGAACAGACCUGUCGGGGCACAGCUCCUCAGGAUCGUCGUUCUUGUCCGCCGCGGACUACAUGGCUGGCAGUGCCUUGGGUCAUAUGCCUGGAACAAGCCCGAUGGCGAUGGUAAUGAUUGCGCAGGAGAGCACGGUUGCAGCAGCUGCCGACCCGGGUUUCGGUGUCUCGGCAGGUGCUGUGCAGUAUCCAGUGCCGGUUUCAGCACGCCCUGCGCCUUCGCUGCAGCCCCCUCAGGAAUCGCCCGCGCAUGUACCGCUGCGCGAGUCAUCAGAGAGCAGCGCAAGUCUCCAGCCAGAACACUCGACGCAACCUGCUCCCGGGUUGCAUCCAACGUCGUUGCCUCCUCCAAGCUUCGUGUCUUCCACCACACCCGCAGCCGGCAUGAACCUUGGCGUCUCCACAUCAAGUGCUAUGCCACGGACCCAAGCCACUUCGACAAAGGUCGCGGACCCGGAGUCUGAGAAGAAACCACAGAAGUCCGUGCAUUCUGGGAAGUCAUCGCGAUCCUGGAAGUCCGCCGCGAAAUCUGCGUCGUCCAACUCUUCGAUGUCAGGAAUCUCCUCUCGUGUGUCGUCCUUGACGUCGUCGCGUUCCGGCGCGUCCGAGGUCGCCCUGGUCAUGAUGAGGCAGCAAGAGGCCACCCUCAACCAUGUACGCGCCGACAUGGCGGCCGAGUUGCGUGGCAUUCGCCUAGACAACCAGCAGCAGACCGCUUCCCUCAUGGAUCGUCUUCAAAGGAGCGAAGAAGCCCUUGCCGCCGAACGUGAGUCCCGCCGUCGCAACGCCGAAGUUGGUGAAGCUCGGGUUGCUGCCGCGGUGAAGGUAGAGCAGUCCCCAGUGCCAUCGUCAGUGCCCGCACCCGAGAUGGGGCGCGGUACACUUAUUCCCCCCGAAGCGCCAUUGCCGAGUGCGGCCCUGGACGCCGCCACCGCUGCUGUGUUGGCGGUAACCGAGGAAGUGAAGGCAGAGGGUGAGGGCAUCGCGCAGAGCACGAAUGCCCAUUUGGCCGCGUUCGAGGACCAGUUGCGCAACGUCACGUCCGCUAUCUGCAGAAGUGCGCCCUGGCCCAGAAGGUUCAACGUGAGAAUGAUGCUCGCCUACGUCAACAAUCGACUAGUGUACCUGAAUCUAGUGGAAAAGCCACCGCGACGAGUCGCACUUCCUGCGACAAACUUGCAGGCCGGUCGCCCACUUAUAUCGGGCAACAGCAAGUGGCCGCGGGUUCGCUGGCAGCAGCGCAGCUUCAAGCGACCAUACAAGCUCCAAGUCAAGUUGUCAGACGCGAGACGGGACCAGGCGAGAUGA